UAUUCAUCUGCGAAUAUGGAAUCCAGGUUUAUUGAUGUUCUUCAAGAUCAAAAGCUACAUCUAUGGAAAAGCGAGUCAGCUGAAUAUUCCUUUACAUCACUUGUGUCAGCUAUUGGUUCUUGUGGAUCUGCAAAGUUUCGUGGAGAAGGAGCUAUUGCUUCACCAUCCUGGAUUGCUGCUGGCUUAAGCACAGGCUAUUGUAGGUUGCUUGAUUCAAGGAGUGGAUGUGUCAUUGCUUUCUGGCGAGCACAUGAUGGUUAUAUCACUAAGUUGGCUGCUUUAGAGGACCAUGUACUUUUGUCUAGCUCCCUCGAUAAAACUCUGCGUGUUUGGGACCUUAGAAGGAAUUUGGCUACUCAAGCCAAUAUUUUUCGAGGCCAUCAGGAUGGUAUCUCCAGCUUUUGUGUUUGGGGCCAAGAUGUGAUUUCUAUUUCAAGAAAUAAUAUUGCACUCACCUCUGUUUCCCGGCCAAUGGAGGAAGCUUUGCAACAGAGAAUUUCACCGCAGAAGCUUUACUCGGCUGAUAGGGGAAUAAGGAACCCUUCAGCUCUUUCUGCUAUCAGUGUUCUUCCCUUCUCUCGUCUGUUUCUCGUUGGGACAGAAGAUGGUUGUUUGAAGGUCUGUUGCUAAGUUACCUCUUGAAAUUGUUCUCUUUGCUUUUUUACUAUUCAUAGCCCCUCUCAUUUUAAUUUUGUAUAUGCUUUACUUAAUUUAUGUGUAAUAUCAGUUGUUUAUUUUCUCUUUUAAAACGUUUCUUAACGAGCUUUUUAUUCACCUGC